UGAAAGUAGAAACCUUGUAUGUCAGAUGGCGUUAUGUAUUUUGAGAUCGUUAUCAAGUCCGGAUUCCUUCUUCAACUUAAUGACAAAUGUUUGUUUUUAUGGCUAUAGAUGCAUUCGGCAACUUGAGUUCAGUGUCACAGUGCUGUUUUUUUUCAGUCCAAAGAGCCCGAAGCUGAUAAGACUGGCGAUUGAUCCUGAAGCUGAUUUGACAGAUGAUUGCAUCAUCACAAUAUUGAAGAGACCAUUCUGUGCCACAAAGAAAUUGUUCAGGAAGAGGAGAGGUGGUGGAUAUUCAUUUUUGGUACGGUACAGUUCAAAGAGAUUUUCAAAAUGGUCAUGGAAGAUCAAAGGGAGGACAACUGAAAAAAUUGAAAGAUACAGAAGGAAAAAGAACAAGGAAAUAUAA